AUGAUCCCUACGCAAGCCUCGCCCGCCAAAGACCGCGACUUUCCUCGCCUGAACGGCAAUAAUUUCAUCAUCUGGAAGACCCGUGUCGCCGCAGCUCUCGACGGCAAGAACCUCCUCGGCUUCGUCACUCAAGCAGACUACGCUGGGGACUCGGACGUCGACCUCGGCGAUGACGAAGAGCUCAACCCGGCCUGCCAUCCGGACAUCCACGGUGUGGCCAAGCCCGACUCGCCGCAAGACUCCUCGUCAAGUGAGGCUUCUGAUGGCAGCUCGGAUGAUUCCGCCGGAGACGACGGCGAUGUGGACAUGGAGAAGGAAAUACCUCCCGUGGUCCUGUCCUUCACUGCCCAGAAGAAGCAGGAGUUGGACCAUGCUGAGAAGCUGAAGGCCAAGAGCCGACAGCUGAGCGCCAAGAAGCUACGCCACAUGGAAGCGAAAGCCAAGGCGUUCCUGAUCAAUACCAUUGACGACCAACACGUCCUCAUGGUCAAGGAAAAGACUAAAGCGUAUGAGAUCUAUCAUACUCUCUGUAGCAAGUACGAGGAUGCAGCCAUCCACGGCGACCCGUACUUUAUCCAGUCGUACCUGAUGGCACUGAAGUACAAGGAAGGAAGCGACCAGGUCCAGAACGAACUUGCGCGCAAUCGCUACGUUCUCAAGCAGGGGACCCCAGAAUCCCAGGAGACCCGUGCUAAAACAGCCAUGCCAGCCUCAGCACCUGAGCAAGUGCUCGUGGCGGCUCCACCCAAGGAGGAUACAGCGCUGGCGGCAUCGCUCAAGUGCACCUACUGCCAUCGUGACAACCACGACACAGUGGAGUGCUUUGUGCUGCAACGCCACCCCCACAACGGACAUGUCAAGGCCGGCACAGUACUACCAGCCAAUUUCAAGCUGAAGCCACUCCAGGAACCGCGGUCACAACAACAGCAACACCAGCGACAGCAACAAACGUCGCAGCGCCACCACCCCUACAAGGGCAACUACAAUGGCAACAGCGGAAACCAGUCUCGCAAUAACAACCGCGGGCCGCGCAAUGGAAACCGCAACGACAAUAGCAGGUCCCAAGGACGGAACAAGUACCAUGGCCGCCGCAACCGUGAUGAUGAGGACAACAGCGACUACGGCAUCAUCGCCAUCACGACACUGGACCUCAGCCAAGACACC